GUCUCGUGACUGUCAAAACUUGAAGAAGAAAAAAAAGCUCCAAAGUCCCUUUAAGACACAAACAAACGCUACUCCCCCUUCUUCGACCUUCGUCCUUUGUCGUUCACUCUAAAGAAGAGAGAAAAGAACACCCGGAACUUUUAAAAAUGCAUGCAAAAACGGAUUCAGAAGGGACGAGCGUCGAUGCCUCAUGGCCGCCGAGGUCGCCCCGGCGGCCGGUUUACUAUGUCCAGAGUCCCUCGAACCACGAUGUCGAGAAGAUGUCGUAUGGUUCGAGCCCCACGGCUUCACCAACGCACCAUUAUUACCAUUGCUCCCCCAUUCAUCAUUCCCGGGAAUCGUCUACGUCUAGAUUCUCGGCUUCUCUUAAGAACCCCGGGGGUCUUUCUGCUUGGAAGCAUGUGCAGCUUGGUCGUGGCGACGGUGACGACAAUGACGACGACGACGAAAUGGACGGUCGUGAUGGCAGUAAGGCUGAUAAAGUCAGGCUUUAUCUUUGCCUGGUUUUCUUGUUUUUCGUGCUGUUCACAGUGUUUUCUUUGAUCUUGUGGGGUGCUAGCAGGAGUUACAAGCCUAAAAUCCUCGUCAAGCACAUAGUGUUUGAGAGCUUGCAUUAUCAGGCAGGAAAUGAUGAAUCUGGGGUGCCAACAGAUAUGAUUUCACUGAAUUCAACGGUUCAGAUUUCAUACAGAAACCCAGCUACAUUCUAUGCCGUCCAUGUCACAUCUACCCCUUGGGAGCUUCACUAUUUCCAGCUCAAAAUUGCCUCUGGACAGAUGAAGAAGUUUAGGCAAUCGCGGAAGAGUCAGCGGAAACUGGUGACCAUCGUCGGAGGGUCUCAAGUUCCACUGUAUGGUGUGAUACCGGCUCUUGUGAACUCUAGGGAGCAUCUGAACACCGUUGCGGUGCCUCUUAACUUGACUUUUGUGAUGAGGUCAAGGGCCUACAUUUUGGGAAGAUUAGUGAAGACGAAGUUCUACGGGCGAAUCCAAUGUUCCGUCACUCUCAGAGGUAACAAGAUUGGGAAGCCUCAUAAUUUGACAAAUUCAUGUAUUUAUCAGUGACAUGACCGAACUGAGUUAAUCGCAUUUUUUUUGCUUAUCCGAAAUACCAAGAAUGCAUAUACUCCAUGAUGGUUAAAACUUAUGCGGUAGACGGUGAAACCUUGAAUAUUUCGUUGUAGACAUCGAUGAUUCUUGUCGAAUUCGAUUCCUUCUUUUUACGGUUGUUUAAUGUAUGACUUUUGAACUCGUUAACUUGA